AUGUCUGUGAAGUUUUCCAAUCCAAUCUCUCCGCCAAUGGAGAGCACUGGAGACACUCUCAUCACCCUGGAGACCCAGGAUGGUGUUGCAUUGCAAGGAUAUUCCUUUGGUGCUGAGAAGGCAGUUGCUGGUGAACUUGUCUUCCAGACCGGUAUGGUGGGAUAUCCAGAGUCCAUUACCGAUCCUUCGUACGAGGGUCAGAUUCUUGUCAUCACCUACCCUUUGGUGGGCAACUAUGGUGUUCCAGACCGCCAGAUAAUGGACGAUGUUGUCGAGAAGCUGCCAAAGUACUUCGAGUCCAACAGAAUCCAUGUUGCCGGUCUGGUUGUCGCUCAUUACACCGAGGAAUAUUCUCACUACCUUGCCAAGUCGUCUCUGGGCCAAUGGCUGAAGAGCGAGGGUGUUCCUGCGAUCUACGGUGUCGACACCAGGGCUUUGACCAAGAAACUCAGAGAAGACGGUUCUACUCUCGGCAGACUGUGUUUGCAGAAGCCAGGCACGAGCGUUUCCGAGUGCAUGGAUCCUCAGACCUGGAAGGACAAGUUUGUUGUUCCUGAGUGGGUGGACCCCAACACACAGAACCUGGUUGCUGCUGUUUCCACGAAAGAGCCUGUGGUUUACGAUCCGCCUAAGGAGGUGGCCAGAUUGGGUCCUGACGGCAAGGUGAUCAGAAUCGUUGCUGUCGACGUGGGUAUGAAAUACAACCAGAUCAGAUGCUUUGUCAACCGCGGCGUCUCGCUCAAGGUCGUGCCAUGGGACUACGACUUCACGAGCGAGGAGUACGACGGCUUGUUCAUUUCCAACGGUCCUGGCGAUCCGUCCGUCAUGACCGGCGUUGUUGAGAAGCUGAGAAAGUGUCUCGAUGAGGCCAAGACGCCAAUCUUCGGUAUCUGUCUUGGCCACCAGCUGAUGGCCAGAGCCUCGGGCGCAUCGACUUUGAAGCUGAAAUUCGGUAACAGAGGCCACAAUAUUCCGUGCACGUCCACCGUCUCCGGCAAGUGCUACAUCACGUCGCAGAACCACGGUUACGCCGUCGACGUCGCCACGCUGGCUCCUGGCUGGAAGGAGCUGUUUGUCAACGCCAACGACGGCUCGAACGAGGGCAUUUACCACACCGAAAAGCCGUUUUUCUCGGUCCAGUUCCACCCCGAGUCCACUCCUGGGCCAAGAGACACAGAAGUACUGUUUGACACAUUUAUCCAGACCGUCAUCGAGUUCAAGAGCUCCAAGAAACUCAGGGCUGUGGAGUUCCCGGGCGGCAACAUCGACGAAAACAGAGCUCUGCAUCCACGCGUGAACGCCAAGAAAGUGCUGGUUCUUGGUUCCGGUGGAUUGUCCAUCGGACAAGCCGGAGAGUUCGACUACUCUGGCUCGCAGGCCAUCAAGGCCCUGAAAGAGGAAGGAAUAUACACCAUCCUGAUUAAUCCGAACAUUGCCACCAUUCAGACCUCCAAGGGCCUGGCAGACAAGGUGUACUUCCUGCCUGUCACGCCGGAGUUUGUCAGGAAAGUCAUCAAGCACGAGCGGCCCGAUGCCAUCUACUGCACCUUUGGUGGCCAGACCGCCCUGAACGUUGGUAUCCAGUUGAAGGACGAGUUCGAGUCGCUCGGCGUCAAGGUUCUCGGUACGCCGAUCGACACCAUCAUCACCACAGAGGACAGAGAGCUGUUUGCACGGUCCAUGGACGAGAUUGGCGAGAAGUGCGCCAAGUCUCAGACCGCAUCUUCCAUGGACGAGGCGCUUGCUGCCGUGAGAGAAAUUGGCUUCCCGGUCAUUGUCAGAGCCGCCUACGCUCUGGGAGGUCUCGGGUCUGGUUUUGCCGACAACGAGCAGGAGCUCAUCGAGCUGUGUCAGAAAGCCUUUGCUGCUUCUCCCCAGGUCCUUGUUGAGAAGUCCAUGAAGGGCUGGAAAGAGGUCGAGUACGAGGUUGUUCGUGACGCUUUCGACAACUGCAUCACCGUCUGUAACAUGGAGAACUUCGAUCCUUUGGGAAUCCACACCGGAGACUCGAUCGUGGUUGCUCCGUCCCAGACUCUCUCUGACGAGGACUACAACAUGCUCAGAACCACUGCCGUCAACGUGAUUAGACAUCUGGGAGUCGUUGGUGAGUGCAACAUCCAGUACGCCCUGAACCCGCUCUCUAAAGAAUACUGCAUCAUUGAAGUCAACGCCAGACUGUCGAGAUCGUCUGCGCUGGCUUCCAAAGCCACCGGCUACCCGCUUGCCUACACUGCCGCCAAGCUUGGUUUGAACAUCCCGCUGAACGAGAUCAAGAACUCUGUCACCAAGUCCACCUGUUCGUGUUUCGAGCCGUCGCUGGACUACUGUGUGGUGAAGAUUCCAAGAUGGGACCUGAAAAAGUUCACCAGAGUGUCGACUCUGCUGUCGUCGUCCAUGAAGUCCGUUGGAGAGGUGAUGAGCAUUGGCAGAACGUUCGAGGAGGCCAUCCAGAAAGCCAUCAGGUCGACAGAUUACCACAACAUCGGGUUCAACAAGACGGAGGCCCUGAUGUCGAUCGACAUCGACUCAGAGCUGCAGACGCCUUCCGACCAGCGUCUCUUUGCCAUUGCCAACGCCAUGUCGGAGGGCUAUUCUGUUGACAAGAUCCACAAGCUGACCAACAUCGACAGAUGGUUCCUCAACAAGCUGGAGGGGCUCGUCAAGUUUGCCGACAAGAUCGCGUCGUACGGCGUGAAGGAGAAGCUGCCGGCGUCGAUUCUGAAGCAGGCCAAGCAGCUCGGCUUCGAGGACAGACAGAUCGCCAAGUUCCUCAACUCCAACGAGGUGGCCAUCAGAAGACUCAGAAAAGAGCACGGCAUCGUUCCGUUCGUGAAGCAGAUCGACACCGUCGCCGCAGAGUUCCCUGCCUACACCAACUACCUGUACAUGACCUACAACGCGGACUCCAGCGACGUCGACUUCAGCGACAACGGUGUGAUGGUGCUGGGCUCGGGUGUCUACAGAAUUGGUUCUUCUGUCGAGUUCGACUGGUGUGCCGUCAGAGCCAUCAGAACGCUGAGAGAACAAGGUUUCAAGACCAUCAUGGUCAACUACAACCCGGAGACCGUCUCCACCGACUACGACGAGGCCGACAGACUCUACUUCGAGACGAUCAACCUGGAGAGAGUGCUGGAUAUCUACGAGCUCGAAAAGUCCUCGGGUAUCAUUAUUUCCAUGGGUGGCCAGACCUCCAACAACAUUGCUCUGCCUCUGCACAGACAGAACGUCAAGAUCCUCGGCACCUCGCCGGAGAUGAUCGACUCCGCCGAAAACAGAUACAAGUUCUCCAGAAUGCUGGACAAGAUCGGCGUCGACCAGCCGGCUUGGAAAGAGCUCACCUCGAUCCAGGAGGCCGAGGAGUUCGCCGAGAAGGUCACGUACCCUGUUCUGGUGAGACCGUCCUAUGUUCUGUCGGGUGCUGCGAUGAACACCGUUUAUUCCAAGGCCGACCUGGCGUCGUAUCUGUCGCAGGCCGUCGAGGUUUCUCCAGACUACCCUGUGGUUCUGACCAAGUACAUUGAGAACGCCAAGGAGAUCGAGAUGGACGCUGUUGCCAAGGACGGAAAGCUGAUCAUGCACGUUGUGGCCGAGCACGUCGAGAACGCCGGUGUCCACUCUGGUGACGCCACGCUGAUUGUUCCGCCACAGGACCUGGACAAGGAGACCGUGAGCCGCAUUGUCGAGGCCACGUCCAAGAUCGGAAAGGCCCUGGACGUGACGGGACCGUUCAACAUCCAGUUUAUUGCCAAGAACAACGAGAUCAAGGUGAUCGAGUGUAACGUGAGAGCGUCGAGGUCGUUCCCGUUCAACUCCAAGGUGGUUGGCACCGACAUGAUCGAGAUGGCCACCAAGGCCAUCAUGGACAUUCCUGUGAAGCCGUACCCUGGCGAGAAGCUGCCAGACGACUACUGUGCCGUCAAGGUUCCUCAAUUCUCUUUCUCGCGACUUUCUGGCGCCGACCCUGUUCUUGGUGUUGAGAUGGCUUCCACCGGUGAGGUGGCCUGUUUCGGCCACAACAAGUACGAGGCCUAUCUCAAAUCUCUGAUUUCGACUGGCUUCCAGCUGCCAAAAAAGAACAUUCUUCUGUCCAUCGGUUCCUUCAAGGAAAAACAGGAACUGCUGCCAUCCAUCAAGAAACUGUACGAGCUGGGCUACAACCUGUUUGCGACGUCCGGAACUGCCGACUUCAUCCAGGAACACGGAGUUCCCGUCAAGUAUCUGGAGCUGCUGACCGAUAGAGAGGACGACAAACAGAAGGCCGAGUACUCGUUGACGCAGCACCUGGCAAACAACCUGAUCGACCUGUACAUCAACCUGCCGUCGGCCAACAGAUUCAGAAGACCGGCCUCGUACGUGUCCAAGGGCUACAGAACCAGAAGAAUGGCCGUUGACUACGCCGUUCCUCUGGUCACCAACGUGAAAAACGCCAAGCUUUUGAUCGAGGCCAUCGCCAGAAACCUGAGUCUGGAAGUCUCCAAUAUCGACGCACAGACCUCGCACAAGACCGUCGAGCUGCCAGGCCUGAUUUCGAUCUCCACGUUUGUGCCAUCGUUUGCGUCUGACUCUGCUCCCGUCAACGUCGAGGCCGUCACCAAGGCUGCUCUCGCGGCCGGGUUCACUCUCACCUCCAUCUCCCCAGUCACGGACUCUGGCUCGUUCAUUGUCGACGCCAGAUCCCUCGCCAGGGCCCACGAGCUCGCGCAGGACUCCACCUACACGGACUUCUCGUUCGGCGUCGCUGCGACGGAGGAAAACCCAACCCAGAUCCAGCACGUUUCCUCGCUCACGUCGUAUUUGCUUGUGCGCUCCAGCGAGUUCCUCAAGAAUAAAAUUGCAUCCACCUCUGCACACUUCGGCGUCUGGCCGGAGAACAAGCCAAUUGUCACAGACACCAAGACCACCGACCUGGCGUCCGUGCUUUUGCUGGCCUCCCUUUACAACAGACAGAUCCACGUCGCCAACGUCACCAGCAAAGACGACCUGGCUCUGAUCACCAUGUCCAAGGGCAAAGGUCUGCAGGUGUCGUGCGACGUGUCUGUGUACUCGCUGUUUGUUUCGCAGGAAGAGUAUCCUGGAGCAAGCUUCCUGCCAACCAAGGAGGACCAGAAAGCUUUAUGGGACAACCUGGACUCUGUCGACUGUUUCUCUGUCGGCGAGACGCCAUGUCUGCUUGCCCAGCACGUUGGCCAGCCGGUGACACCGGCCAUUGGCAUUGCCGACACGCUGCCACUACUGCUUUCUGCUGUGGCAGAGGACAAGCUGACAUUUGAGGACAUUAUUGCCAAAUUGCACGACAACCCGAUCAAGAUCUUCAACCUGAGAGACAACGAGUCUGUGAUCGAGGUCGACGUCGACAGAGCCAUGUCCUCGCUCAAGACCAAGAGAAGCGUCUGGUCGCCGUUCCAGUCCAAAAACCUCAAGGGUGCCGUUGAAAGAGUGCACAUGAACGGCCAGACGGUCUGUCUCGAGGGCGAGUUUGUCGUUGCCGAGGCCCUUGGAAGAGAGAACGCCUUCCUUGUCCAGCACCCGUCGUCUCUUGCCGGCACUCCAGCCGUGGCAGAGGCUCAGUUGGCUGCUUCGCCAGCUAUCGCCGGCAGAAGGGCCUCGAGAUACUCGUUCGACGGCGCCAGAAGAUCGACCCUCAUCGACUCUCUGAGAGACACCAGCGCAAUCUCAGAGUCCCAUGACACUCCGACCGGUGCCGACCUUGUUUCCUCGAUGCCUCCAAGAGAGCUGUCGUUGCCGAACGCCAUUAUUUCCUACAUCAAGGGCGACAAUCCGUUCCUUCGGAGCUCUGUUCUGUCGGUGAACCAGGUCUCCAGAUACCACUUGCACGCUCUGUUUGCUGUGGCGCAGGAGAUGAGACUUGCUGUUGAGAGAGAAGGUGUCCUGGACGUGCUGAAGGGCCGCGUCCUGACCACGGCCUUUUUCGAGCCAUCCACCAGAACCUCGUCGUCGUUCAACGCUGCCAUGCAGAGACUGGGUGGCCGUGUCGUCUCUAUCUCCGAACAGGGCUCUUCCGUCAAGAAGGGCGAGACGUUGCAGGACACCAUCCGGACCAUGGCCUGCUACUCCGACGCCAUUGUGCUGAGACACCCUUCGGAGGAAAGUGCAGAUAUCGCUGCCAAAUACUCUCCAGUCCCUAUCAUCAACGGCGGCAACGGUUCCAGAGAACACCCUACGCAGGCCUUCCUGGAUCUGUUCACCAUCAGAGAAGAGCUGGGUACUGUUAACGGAAUCACGGUCACGUUCAUGGGAGACUUGAAAUACGGAAGACCGGUGCACUCUCUGUGCAAGCUCUUGCAACACUACCAAGUGAGAAUCCAGCUUGUUUCUCCUCCAGAGCUGAGACUCCCAGAGAACAUGAGAAAGAAGCUUGCCGAGUCAGGAAUGCUUGUUGGAGAGUCCACGGAGCUCACCAAGGAAAUUAUUGCCAAGUCUGACGUGCUGUACUGCACCAGAGUCCAGCAGGAGAGAUUUGCCGACAAGGAGCAAUACGAGAGACUCAAGGACUCGUAUGCUGUUGACAACAGGAUCCUUGCACACGCCAAACAGCACAUGUGUGUGAUGCACCCGCUUCCAAGAGUCAACGAGAUCAAGGAAGAGGUGGACUUUGACCAGAGAGCAGCCUACUUCAGACAAAUGCGCUACGGUCUGUUUGUGAGAAUGGCGCUGUUGGCCAUGGUCAUUGGUAUUGAUUUCUAA